UAUUAUUUUGCUAUCAUAAUAAUGAAAAACAAAACAACACUUCAAAUUUAUUAUUACCACUGCAAAAUACAAUGGUUAGUUCGAGUUUGAUGAUCCCUUCUUCCAUCUCCAAUCCUUCUAUUCAUCGUUACAAGUUCCGAAUCGGAGUAUCUUCUUCUGCUGCUGCUGCUGCUGCACCUAAUGUUGAUCUCAACACCCUCCAAUCUGCUAUUGCCAAGAAGGACAGCAAUGCUGUGAAAGAGGCACUUGAUCAAUUAAGAGAAGAUGGUUGGGCUAAGAGAUGGAGUUCUCAGCCCUAUGUCUCUCGUCGAACGACAUCUAUACGAGAACUAACAAAUCUAGGAAUAAAAAAUGCAGAGAAUCUGGCAAUUCCUAGUGUUAGAAAUGAUGCAGCUUUUCUUGUCACAGUAGUGGGAUCUACAAGUUUUUUAGCAGUUCUUGCCGGCCAGCUUCCUGGGGAUUGGGGUUUCUUUGUACCAUAUUUGAUUGGGAGCAUAUCUUUAGUAGUCUUGGGUGUAGGAAGCAUUUCUCCAGGGCUUCUACAAGCUGCAAUUAGUGGAUUUUCAACAUUUUUUGGUGACUAUCAAGAGAGGGUAGCUAGACAUGAAGCAGCUCAUUUUUUGAUUGCCUAUUUGGUUGGCCUGCCUAUACUUGAUUACUCACUAGACAUUGGGAAAGAGAAUGUCAAUCUCAUUGAUGAGAAGCUCCAAAAGUUGAUAUACAGUGGCCAGCUUGAUUCCAAAGAGCUUGAUAGGUUGGCUGUUAUAGCGAUGGCUGGACUUGCUGCAGAAGGUCUGCAGUAUGACAAAGUGGUUGGUCAGUCUGCUGAUCUUGUCACUCUUCAGAGAUUUAUUAACAGAAGCAAACCGCAGAUUAGCAAAGAGCAGCAACAAAAUCUCACCAGAUGGGCUGUUCUGUUUGCCGCAUCACUCAUCAAAAAUAACAAGGAACUUCACGAAGCUCUAAUGACCGCAAUGUCGAACAAAGCAACUGUGUUAGAAUGCAUUCAAGUAAUUGAGAAACCUGCAUAAUUAUACAACCACAACAAUUACCUGUAUCAUACUUUUCUCAAUUAUGUCUCGAGUCAUUGCCUAAAGACGACAGUUAAAAGGAUUGUGAAAAAUCUUAAUGCAAAUAAGAGAGCUCUGCGAGUACAA